AUGCAGUCUCCUGGGAAGUCCCUGAAGGAAGCGCUGGUCUGCGCUCAGAGCGAAGGCCGGCUCACCGUCGGCGUCUACGAGAGCGCCAAGAUCAUGACCGACGACCCGGACAGCGUGUCCUUCUGCGUCCUGGCCACGGACGAGGAGUUCGAGUGCGACAUCGCCCUGCAGAUCCACUUCACCCUCAUCCAGUCCUUCUGCUUCGACAACGACAUCAGCAUCGUGAGAGUGAGUGACAUGCAGCGUCUGGCCGAGCUGGUGGGAGGCAAGACGCAGCAGCUGGAAGACGCGCACUGCGUCCUCAUCACGAGCCCGGCGGACGGGUCUUGGGAGGACCCCUCUCUGGAGAAGCUGCACCUGUUCUGCGAGGAGAGCCGGCGUCUGAACGACUGGGUUCCUGAGAUCAGCCUCCCGGAGCGCUGAGCCGCCGCGGCGCCCCC